AUGGAUGCAGUGGAGCACUUGAGAAGUGUGAUUCUUCUAUCUCAAGAGACAAAAUUUCUUCAAUCUGAAAUGCUGCAGCGCAAGAAGUCAAAGCCCACUUCUUGCUCAUUCACAAGCAGGAAAGCGCACCUCCAACAGCACCUCCCUCCUUGGGAGCAGCUUCCUUGA